AUGAGUGAAAAUGAAAAAAAGGAAAGUAGCAUAAAUAAAUAUCAAAACAAUUUCCCACUAAUUUCUGAUUCUUCUACGUUAAGUAACGAAAUUGAAGCAAUCAAAUCUCUAAUUAAGGUUAAAGGAAAGCUAAGCAAAGGAAAAAAAUUACUGCUAGAAAACCAAAAACAUCAACAAAAGAAAGAACAAUAUGAAAAUGACAAUAGCAUACAAGAUUUAAAGAUUAAAAACCAACAAAUUUCAAAUGAUUACACUCCAAAUAUUAAUAUUCAAGAUAUAGCAAAAUCAAAAAUACGUAAUUACUUCACAUGUAUUAUGUGUAUAAAAUUGAAUUUUGAUGACGUGUUUACAAAAAAAAAUUCAGAAAUAAAAAUUGGGAAAUUAAAUUAUAAUGAGCUAUUAAUUAUAUUUGCACUAAAUAAGUUAACCCAAGUAUAUAAAAAUGUAUAUUACAAAAUUGGUAUUACUUCUGAUCAACCUAAAAUAUAUCCAACUUUUGAUUUCCCAGAAACUAAGAAAAUUCAUGAUGGACAAACUUUAUGUAAUAAAGAAUAUAAUUCUAUUAUUACCAAUAUUUCUUCUAACUCUGAGUUUAAUCUAAUUUUAAAUGAAAACUACAUAGUCAAUAAAAAAAUUGGACUACAUUUAAGUCUAACUAGAAAUCAUCAUAUAAGUAAAAAAUUGUCCUUCUCAUUUCUAAAAAACAUUAUAAAGAAAUUUAAUUACUGUCAAGUAAACUAUGAAAUUCCAGAAAUUGUUUUAAAAUCACAAAAAAUUAAAAUUCAAACAAAAUUAAAAUCCUUUUAUAUUUUUUUAGAUUAUGAUUCUAUUAUUAUCUUGAAAAAUACGUCUUUAUAUUCCGAAAAUACCACCAUUAAUGGUGGUAUUUUUGUAGCACUUCAAGUUCAUAAUGCAAGCAAAAUCACUUACUUGGAUCCUAUUAUUGAAAUGAUUGAUCAAGUUUGUGUUGAUUUAGGCAUACAGCCACUUUAUUCUGAAAGAGUUUUCCAUAUCUCCCUAUUUUAUAUCAAAAAAUCAGAUCUCUAUUUGAGCAAUACUAAUUAUCAAAAUUCAUAUAUCAGUUCUGGCAACAUACUUGAAACUUAUAGUUUUAAAGAUUACCUUGCAUCUAAACUCCCUUUAUCAUCCUCUACUAAUUCGUCUUCUAUUAAACUUUGCAGUUCUGGAAGUAAUAAUAUGAUCUGGAUCAAUCAAAUUGUUUUCAGAAUAGGUAUAUAUGAGUAUUACUUAAUUUUAGAAUCUUAA